AUGGUUAUGGAGAAACUACCCAAACUUGAAAUUGAAGACCUGCUGCUCGAAGAGGUGCCAGACAUCAAAUACUCGGAUAUUGGUGGAUUGAAUGAACAGAUUGAGGCGAUUCGGGACGCUAUUGAAACGCCUUACCUCUAUCCCAAUGAAUACAAGGAGUUCCAGUUAAAGCCUCCGAAAGGUGUGCUGCUCUACGGUCCCCCCGGCUGCGGAAAAACGUUAAUUGCCAAGGCAGUCGCCAACAGUUUGGCUGCUAGGGUCAGAGAACAGACAGGUAGAGAUGAUGUUGAAAGUUAUUUUAUCAAUAUCAAGGGUCCAGAGCUACUCAAUAAGUAUGUUGGCGAAACGGAGCGAAAGAUUCGAGAAGUCUUCCAGAAAGCCAAGGACAAAUCCAAAGAAGGGGUUCCUGUCAUUAUCUUCUUUGAUGAAAUGGACUCGCUUUUCCGAUCCAGAGGCAUGGGCAUUUCGUCCGAUAUGGAGUCAACGGUUGUGCCCCAAUUCCUCGCUGAGAUCGACGGUGUCGAAGGGCUCAGAGAUGUGGUUGUGAUUGGUGCAAGCAACCGCCAAGAUCUCCUAGACCCCGCCGUUUUGCGUCCCGGUCGAUUGGACAUCAAGAUCAAGAUCGAUCGCCCCGAAGCUGACGGUGCCAAGGAUAUUUUUGCCAUAUACCUGACACCUGGCCUGCCGAUUGCCCCUUCAGUGUUGGAACAGUUUGAUGGCGAUCGAGAAAAAGCGGCUGAGUCUCUCGUGGAACGGGCGAUUGAGAGGAUGUAUGCGACCACCGAUGAAAACAAAUUCAUCGAGGUUACUUACAAUCGUGGGGAACGUGAGACCCUUUACUUCAAGGAUUUUGCAAGUGGUGCGAUGAUUGAAAACAUUGUUGAUCGUGCCAAGAAGAUGGCGAUCAAACGACUGAUUGAUUCUGAAGGGAAAGAGAAGGGCAUUACCUUUGAUGACCUUGAUAUGGCGAUCCAAGAAGAAUAUAAAGAGAACGAAGAUCUGCCUAACACCACCAAUCCCGACGAUUGGGCGAAGAUAUCGGGACGGAAAGGUGAUCGAAUCGUCAACAUUAAGGCGUUGACCCACGAGCAAGAGCCGAAAAGACGGGAUGUGAAAACCGUCAAAGGUGGCGCUUACCUCUAA